AGCGAACACAGACAAACCUGCCAGCACUUAAGUCUACUCACUGGAUUUCAUCUCCAUGGCAACAAGCAUGGAAGGCCAAGAGGUGACUCCAGCUGGAAUUCUGAAGAGCUGCAACGAUGUAACAGUGAAUAAUGAGUAGUACCUACUGUGGCAACUCUUCAGCUAAGAUGAGUGUCAACGAAGUAUCAGCUUUCUCAUUGACUUUGGAGCAAAAAACUGGCUUUGCUUUUGUUGGGAUUUUAUGUAUUUUCUUGGGACUUCUUAUUAUCAGAUGCUUCAAAAUCCUGUUAGACCCAUAUAGUAGCAUGCCUUCCUCUACAUGGGAAGAUGAAGUGGAAGAAUUUGACAAAGGGACAUUUGAAUAUGCACUCGCAUGA